AUGAGGCAGGCGGCCUGGGACGGCAAGGGCACGUCUGCGCGUGUCGAGAAGCAAGGAGCGGGCGCGUUCGCCCAAGCCGUGGUGUUGAGCGCGGCGGGCGAUGGAGUGAGCGGGCGGCGUAGCGGGGCGCUUGGCCGCAUGGGGAUGGCGCGGGAAGGAGCAACCGCUGGCUGCACGUCACCAGUCGCUCCUUCCAGCGCGCAACGCACCCCCGCCCCGUCGCUCGCGGCUGCCGCCUGGGAGAGCCAGCGCAGACGCAAGGGCGCGGCCAAGGGCUCGCUUUUCGUCCUCACCGUUCGCGCAGCCCGCGCCCAUUCGCUGCGAGGGCUGCCGCCCGCCGCGCUCCUCGCAGCCGGUCACGCCCCCGCCGCGCAGGCCGCUUCCACUGGCUGCCCGCACACCACCGCGCGCUGCUUUCGGAGCGUUGCGCAGUGAGCCAGCCUGCCGGGCCCGCCAAUGCUGGGGCGCUGCACCCUGGCGCAGCGCUCUAACUCGAACCUCCAGGCGAGGGCGAGGGUUGCAUCUGGCGCGCCGCGGCAGGUGAUGCCCACGGGCCCGGGCACCGCGACCAGCCC